UUACAAUGUUGUUAGAGAGCACCAAGAUGGCCUCUUCAACUUUUCUUCGUUCCUAUUUUCUGCUUCUUCUUCUAAUUAUUCUCCCCUUUCUCCCAUCUGUGUUUAGUGCUACUUCUUCAAACUGUAAUGUAGACUUAAAUUCCUCUCUGGUCACCAAUGGCACAUGGAAUUCACCUUCUGGUCACUUUGCCUUUGGUUUCCAAAGUGUUUUAUUCGACAACAAGGAGUUCAUGUCCGUGCUUGCAGUUUGGUUUGCCAAAGACCCCAACAGAACCAUAGUAUGGUAUGCAAAACAAAAACAAAGUCCUGCUUUUCCUUCCGGUUCCACAGUAAACCUAACAAACAAAGGAAUUGUAGUCAACGAUCCAAAGGGUCAUGAGAUGUGGCAUCGUCCAGAAAAUAACACUACUAUUGCCUUAGUAUCAUGUGCUUCUAUGUUAGACAAUGGAAGUUUUGUGCUUCUUGAUGAAAGUGGGAAGCAGGUUUGGGAGAGUUUUGAAGAGCCUACAGAUACCAUUUUGCCUGGUCAGAAUCUGGCUAAGCCUAAAACCUUCAGAGCACGUGAAUCUGACACAAGUUUUUAUAAUGGGGGUUUUGAACUCAGUUGGCAGAACGAUAGCAACUUGGUUCUUUACUAUUCACCACAAUCAAGCGAUGAUCAAGCCUCUCAAUCUCCUACAGGUGAAGCUUACUGGGCCACUGGAACUUUCAAAACUGAAUCACAACUAUUCUUUGAUGAGUCCGGACGCAUGUACAUAAAAAAUGACACGGGUACAGUGAUCAGUGAAAUCACAUACAGUGGACCAGAAGAGUUCUUCUACAUGGCUAGAAUUGACCCUGAUGGGGUUUUCAGAUUAUAUCGGCAUCCGAAAGGUGAGAACACAGUUGCUGAUAGUUGCAGUUCGGGGUGGUGGAGUGUGGUGCAACAGUAUCCCCAAGAUAUUUGUCUUUCCUUCACAAAACAAACUGGGAAUGUAAUCUGUGGUUAUAACAGCUACUGCAUUACCAUCAAUGGGAAGCCUGAGUGUGAGUGCCCGGAUCAUUAUUCUUCUUUUGAACAUGACAAUCUCACAGGUUGUAGGCCAGAUUUUCCCCUGCCGAGCUGCAACAAAGACGGGUGGGAGCAGAAUAAGGAUCUUGUAGAUUUCAAAGAGUAUACAAAUUUGGACUGGCCUCUCUCUGAUUAUGACAAGUUGGUUGCAACUGCUAUGGACAAGGAUAUGUGUAAACAAAAGUGCCUUGAGGAUUGCUUUUGUGCUGUAGCCAUAUAUGGUGAGGGACAAUGUUGGAAGAAGAAGUAUCCUUUCAGUAAUGGAAGGAAGCACCCUAAUGUUACUAGAAUAGCUCUUGUCAAGGUACCUAAAAGAGAUUUGGACAGGGGUGGGAGAGAACAGACUACACUUGUGCUUGUCAUAUCAAUAUUGCUUGGGAGCUCAGUGUUUCUCAAUGUGCUUCUAUUUGUUGCCUUGUUUGUUGCUUUUUUCAUUUUCUACCACAAGAGGCUUUUGAAUAAUCCAAAAUUGUCAGCUGCAACCAUAAGAUCUUUUACAUACAAGGAGCUUGAAGAAGCAACCACGGGGUUCAAACAAAUGUUGGGUCGUGGUGCUUUUGGAACAGUCUAUAAAGGGGUGUUAACAUCAGAUACAAGCAGGUAUGUUGCUGUGAAGAGGCUAGAUAAGGUGGUGCAAGAAGGCGAGAAGGAGUUCAAAACAGAAGUGAGUGUGAUUGGACAAACCCACCACAGGAACUUGGUUCGUUUACUUGGUUAUUGUGACGAAGGGGAGCAUCGUCUUCUGGUGUAUGAGCACAUGAGCAAUGGCUCCUUGGCUAGCUUUCUCUUUGGGAUAUCAAGGCCCCAUUGGAACCAAAGAGUGCAAAUUGCUUUGGGGAUUGCAAGAGGUCUCACAUAUUUGCAUGAAGAGUGCAGCACUCAGAUCAUUCAUUGUGACAUAAAGCCUCAGAAUAUACUCUUAGACGAGUUGUUCACGCCAAGGAUUGCUGAUUUUGGGUUGGCAAAGUUGUUGUUGGCUGAACAAUCAAAAGCUGCUAAGACGGGUUUGAGAGGGACAAUUGGUUACUUUGCACCUGAGUGGUUUAGGAAAGCUUCAAUCACCACUAAAAUAGACGUAUAUAGUUUUGGGGUGGUGUUGUUAGAGAUCAUAUGUUGCAAGUCAAGCGUUGCCUUUGCGAUGGCUAAUGAUGAAGAGGCACUUAUAGAUUGGGCAUAUCGGUGUUAUAGCCAAGGGAAGGUGGCUAAAUUGGUAGAAAAUGAUGAGGAGGCAAAGAAUGAUAUAAAGAGAGUGGAAAAGCAUGUCAUGGUAGCAAUUUGGUGCAUUCAAGAGGAUCCUUCGUUGAGACCCUCCAUGAAGAAGGUUACCCAAAUGCUUGAGGGCGUGACAACAGUUUCUGUGCCACCUCGCCCUUCCAUAUUCAGUUCAUCAUCGUUUGAAAUUUCAUUUACUUCGUAACUAAAUUGUUGAUCAGUGUUUCUAUGAUCAUAGUUGUUUGUUGUAUAUAUUUUAUUUGUAUGUUUAUGACUACUGAUUCUCUUUACUGAGAUCGCUUAUAGUGCGUGUGUUGCAUCAUGUUUGGUUUAGUCUAUUAAGUUGGAGAUGCUAAACAAUUAGAAAAUUAUCGGUA